AUGGAAGACGCGGGCGCGAAAAAACAGAGGCGGGUGCCGCUGCGGGAUUGGCUAUUUGCGUGGGAAGUCAUUGCGUCGUGUAGCAAGCCGGCCACCGUCUGCCUGCUGGAGUCGCUGUGCCGUGAUGUGCGUGAUGCUCUGGCAGCCAGUUCGACAGGAACGGGCCUCAUGCAGCGCUACUGGAAUGUGCAGUACCACCGCCUCGUCUGGGAGGAAAGUCACAUCGACGCGGCACGGCAGACGCUUAACUUCGCGCUGACAAACAGCGAAGGGCGCAAGGACUGGAAGAAGAUGUACCGCGAGGAGCUGCCGCUGUGGGUUGCACGCACCUUUCAGGGAUUGGGCGCCAGCAACAACGCCCUCAACGCGGCUAAGGUAAUGUUCAAGGUGAAGUCCGCCAAUGAGCUGCUCACCGGAGAGGAGCUGGCGAAGCUGGAGCUCACACCCGAGGAGGCGAUGGCGCGGCAGCGGGCGAAGAACAUGUUGAGUAUCGAGGGCGACGAGGCCGAAGGGGCGGAUUCGGAAGAUGGCGGCACGCGGCGGCGCCAACACGUGACGGACAAGAAGGGGAGGCGCAAGGGCGGCAGGGGGCAGCGCGAGCCGAUGAAGGACCCCGCGCUCGGGCUGGAGCGUGUGGACUACAAGAUGGACCAGCGCCUCAUCAAGCAUCGGGACAAGCACAAGAAGGGUGGCACUGGUCGGUGGGACACGUACGGCGGUGGUAUGGAGGACGACGCCUGGUAA